AUCUACUCUAUCGGCACACCGAGACAGGUCAUUGAUUUUCCACAUUCCCGUAUUUUCCGGGCCCGGGGCAGCCAUAGGAGCAAUAAGCAUUGUGGUUGGCUAGAGACACCUUGAUACAAUUCACGUAACACGUCUGGAAGCAUCGAGCAAACAAAUUUUUGUGCUCCCUGUUUCUAUUUAAGAGAACAGCUUGAAGAUCAUAUUGCCAAAGGCGGCUAUAUCACCUCAUCCACUUCUCUGCUAGACAUUUGACUAGUUUACCCAUCUUUUAUUGUCCCGGAUGGGCCUCUUAGCUUUGGGAACUGCCCUUGAUUGGCCAGAUGCGCAGAAGCGUGCGCAACAAGUCAGAGAAUGGGGUAUCAAGCAAUUGCUCGAGAUCUGGAAUAAGGCAAAGCACAAGGAGCGAGAUGCCAUGCUCUGGGGCGAUGAGGUCGAAUACCUUGUUGUCCGAUAUUCAAAGGAGGAACCGAGUGUACUCCUUUCUCUCCGGCAAGCCGACAUUUUGAAGGCAUUAGCUGCGGACGAGGAGCUGGCCAACAAGGGCGGCGGUGUUCCCGAUCUGCAAGAUGUCAAAACGAAGAGCUCGAAUCCUCUGCCUGUGUUUCACCCCGAAUUUGGGAGAUUCAUGCUAGAAGCCACUCCAGGCAAGCCUUGGGGUAUUGGCUUCAAGGAAUUGUUAGACGUGGAGUCUGAUAUGAAGAUGAGGAGAAAGAUCGCUAAGGAGCAUAUGGAAAGUGAGGAAUACCCUAUCACACUUACGACUUUCCCACGUCUUGGUGUACCUGGAGUAUUCACCGAUCCUUAUUAUCCCCCCUCGGGACCUAAGCUACGGUCUCAGUUCGUCCCAGAUGAGAUAGCCAAUCCUCACAUACGUUUUCCCACCCUCGCUGCUAAUAUUAGAUGGCGCCGAGGAAAAAAGGUACAAGUGAAUGUUCCCGUUUUUCAUGACGAGAAAACACCAAACCCCUGGAAAGAUCCUACGGUCAAUUAUGACCUUCACAACUGGCCGGAAGAUGGUGAUGUAAGGAAUGGAGCAGCGCCAGAUAACUUCAUCCACAUGGAUGCUAUGGUGUUUGGUAUGGGAAGCUGUUGCUUGCAAAUCACAUUCCAAGCGAAGAACAUCACCGAGGGUAGGAAGAUGUAUGAUCAACUCAGCCCCCUUGGCCCCAUCAUGCUAGCAUUAACGGCCGCCACACCAAUAUAUAAAGGUUUCCUGGCAGAUACAGAUGUCCGCUGGAAUCAAAUCAGCCGGGCUGUUGAUGAUCGGACUGCUGAAGAGCUGGGAGAAAAACCCCUGAAAGAAAGUCGAUGGCAAAUUCCCAAAUCUCGCUACGCAUCAAAUUCCACUUAUAUAAGUACCGACUCACGCCUCCGGCCUGAGUACUUUGACCCUAAUCUCAUCAUUGAUGAGUCUAUCAAGGCUCAACUUCUUGAAGGUGGCAUGGAUGACUUGCUAGCCACUCACUUUGCGCACCUCUUCAUUCGGGAUCCUAUUGUCAUCUUCAAUGAAGAUCUGGAGGAGCUCGAUCUUACGAAAGCCGAUCACUUUGAGAACUUGCAAAGCACCAACUGGCAGCACAUGCGCUUCAAGCCCCCGCCGGCAGGGUCGGACAUCGGCUGGCGUGUCGAGUUUCGACCCAUGGAGAUCCAAAUUACGGAUUUUGAGAACGCCGCGUUUUCCGUCUUCAUGGUACUCAUCACCCGCGCGAUCCUGAGCUUUGACCUGAACUUUUAUAUCCCCAUCGUCAAGGUUGAUGAGAACAUGGAGACAGCACAUGCGCGAAACGCCGUGCUUGAAAAGAAAUUCUACUUCAGGAAAAACCCGUUCCCUAACCGAACACCUCGCAGCGCCGUGGGGUCAAAUGAGAAUUCUCCGACUGCUAGCCGGCCAGCGACCCCCGUUAGCCCUGUUGAGGACGAAUACGCGCUGAUGACGGUCGAUGAGGUGAUCAACGGGUCCAAGUCCGAGGAGCACGACUUCCCCGGCCUCAUCCCCAUUGUCGAGAGUUACCUCGACUCCGUCAAUGUGGACGUGCAGACACGCUGUGAGUUAUCCACGUAUUUGGACCUCAUCCGUAAGCGUGCGAGCGGCGAGCUGUGGACGGCCGCGAAAUGGAUCCGCCACUUUGUCGCCACACAUCCUGCGUAUAAAUGCGACAGUGUGGUUGACGAUGAGAUCCAAAAGGGGCUGGUGAGCGCCGUGAUAGACAUCGGAGAGCGUGAGCAGGCUGGCCGGGGCUGGAAGGGUCUCAACGUCCCCGACUUAGCGAAACUCCUCGACCAAUUCAGGGGAGGAUGCGGGAGCAACGGCGUGAAGCGGUCAUCGGAUGAGAUAAGCUGAUUUACCUACCAACGCGGUGUUACCCCGUAACAUCCCUUGUGGCGUUCCGCUAGCCCGGGAUAUUCACGGUACAUCCAGGGGACAUUGACGGUUUCCAAGUUGCUUUUUUAAACUCUUUUAGCUUUCGUUGUCCCGGCAUUUUCACAUUUCAUUUCAUUGUUUUGUAUUCAACCUAAUGCACUGGUGGUAUUUAUUAAAUCACUAGGACAGGGCUUGAUGCAACCCCGUAGAGUCCCGUAUUCAGCGAUUAGACAUCAUCAACGAUAUUAUAGAUGCGCUACAGCAGACAGCGUUGUACCUCAGAAGAACA